UCGACUGAAUCGGACGGAAAAAGGUGUUAAUCUGUGUGAUUCGACAGUGUUCCAUAGACCGUUUGGUGAAACAGCAAAAUUUUCAGUCAACUACGCCAUCUUUGCCAACGCCGCCGCCCGCUUCUGCAACGACGAAGCAAGCUCUUCUGCGACGUAUCGCAUUCUACGAAACCGACGUUAAUCAACGCUUCGUCGACAUCUACGCAAGGCACGCACACUCGACGUUUGAAAUAGUUGAUCAGAAAGAUGAGUGAACAAAAGGGCACUAGAGUCUACGUCGGCAACCUCACCGAUAAAGUAAAGAAGGAGGAUCUCGAGGGAGAAUUCACCAAGUACGGUAAAUUGAACUCUGUUUGGGUAGCUUUCAAUCCCCCAGGUUUCGCUUUCAUUGAGUUCGAAAAUAAAGAGGAAGCCGAAUCGGCAUGUGACAACCUAAACGGUCAGGACAUCCUCGGUUCAAAACUCCGGGUGGAGAUCUCGAAGGGUCGUCGAAGCACUCGCGGAGGGUCGCGCGGAUUUCGCGGACCGCCCGGACGCUCCAACAGCGGUGGUGGCGGCGGUUUUCGUUCAAGCUCUCGAGGUGGCUUCCGCGAUGGCGGCGGCUACCGAAAUGGUGGCAGCGGUGGAUUCCGCGGAGGAAGUCGCAGUGGAAGCCGUUUCGACAGCUAUGGAAGCAGCCGCUCGUCGGGAGGGUCAGGCGGGUACGGCCGUGAUUCGAAUCGCGAUGGUUACGGAGGUGGCUUCGGCAGCAACUACGGCGGCGGUCGAAGCAGCGGCGGUGGCGGUCGGUUCCGAUCAAGAUCACCCGUUGGCGCUCGUGGUAGAUAUUAAGUGUGUAUGUAAGAUGAAUUGAUUUAGCUACCGCCACAUUUAUUCCCCGGAAUGCGUAAUUUGAGUAAAAGUGACUUGACAUAACCUCUUGCAACAAAAAUAGUAGGAUAGGAUCAAACCCCAUCCUGUUUAUUUUAUUGGUAAAGUUUUAAAUUUACACAGUUUUUGUCUUUAGGGCCUAACCUUGCACAUAGUUUUGACGCAAAUUUCGACGAGUUCACUCAGUAAUAUCCAUUAGUUUGAGUUUUACCAACAAAAAAUCACGGAGAAAGUUAGAUGAAAGUAACUUAUCAUAUUUUAUACUGUUUUAUAUGUGUUUUAAUAUAUAAAAUAGAAAUGACGUUAGAGUAUUGAUGUUACAUAUACCACUGUAACGUAUUUUUUUAGCGUCAUCUGAUAACGGAUUCAUUUGGCAAAACUAAACUUGUUCCUUUUUGCGUUAAAAUUCGAGCGAAAAAUAAUGCAUGCAGAAGAGGAUGAAUCACGCAAUUUUAUUUACUGAAUCGUAGUUUCACCAAUCCUGUGCACACACGGCAACAGCGCGGUGCAAUAUCUUCUGAAGAAAACCAAAAAGAAAUUAUCGUACUUGUAUACUGAUACUGAUCUGUUUCUUAGAACUCAUCAGCUUUCGUUCAAGUACACAGCACACCCGAUAUAUUCCGAAAAUGGAAAGAAAAUAUAUAAAUUUCGUAUUAGUAAGAAAAUCAUACAAUAAAAACAAAUAA